UGUCUGUGCACGCAGAUGUGUAUAAAAGAGACGGGAGUUUGGGUCUGCUAACACAUUCACGCUACAACUCCUCACUCACACAGACAACAUGAAGGCCUACCUGCUCCUGCUCAUCCUGCUGCCUCUGUGCUUGGCCGACUUUCAGAUAAAGUGUAAAGGGGAGGACUUCCUGAUGGUGAGGGAUAUGGUUCUUCAGUGUUCCAGUAAAACCAAGCAGGUCUGCUACACCAGGAAGACAGGAGAAAAGGGAUGUGCAAGAGAGGAGUUUUGCAAGAGACCCGGCUGGACUUGCUGUGAAGGAGACCUCUGCAAUGCCUAACUCUUCCACAGGAGGGCGCUACAGCAUCAGAUCGAUCUGCAAUGUUGCACAAACCAGUCCAUUUCCGUUUGACCAGUGGUUUGGAUGGUUGGUGCCUAAGGACAACAUAUCAUCAUUAAGACCAUUUCUUUCUAUUAAUGCAGUUACCAUUUCUUCCUAGUUCUCUUUUUACUGUUUGAUGAAUUGAAAAUAAACAUUUGUGUAAA